GAAAGGGCAGACUUGGCAUCUGAUCAGAUAGUGUAAUCUUACAGCAUCACAUUUCGCAUCGACCGGAAGGAUGACCUCAAGAGUCGGCAGGAUCCUGUUACGGACAUUCAUCUUGGCAUGUUUGACAAAUGUUGUUAUUGGACAACUUGCAGACAAUCUGAUGGUUUCAGGGUCCAAUAGGCCGAUGGCAGAAGGCGUAGGCACAUACGGCCUCGCGGGCGCAGGGACUCAGGGGAUCUCAGGGGAAUCAAACGGAGGGGGUCUGUAUUCUCGGAAGAUCCCGACAGUCACGAUCAGCAAGAGAGUUCCUGGUGUGAUCGUCUCCGAUGGUGCUGGUCACGCCCAAGUUUAUCAGAAUAAUUUAGAUGCCUUCCGAGGAUUGACAGACAUUCUUGGGGCCGGCAUCGGCCAGCAAGUCGAAAGCCAUCUCCAGCAGCAGUUCGGCGGAGGGCCACAGGGCCAUAGCUUCGCUGUUGCCCAAUCUCCAGCGACAGCAAUCCAACCCGACAGCGGGGAUAUCACCAGCAGUGCUAUGCAUUCAAGCGAUCUGGCGAUGCCGGCGGGUCGACGGCUCCAGCAAGCCACCAUCUUGGAAAAUAUUUCCACCAACGCACUCAGUGCCAUACAGGACAGGGUGGUGGCAGAAACGAGCAGCCUCAAGGCUGAUAUUGCAAGGGCGACUCAGCCAGGGGACCUGCCAACCGUGACGUCCACCCAGGAUGGCACACUGCAGCUGCUCACCAACAACAACAGCGGCGAUGAAAUUCAAUUUCGAAAGGACGGCACCUUCACCUUUGUCAACGGCGGCGACUCCCCCGGCAUCUUCUCUUUGGGGCCCAAGGGAGUCCAUUUUGAGAAGGACAACGUUUUCAAAUCAAGGAUGUACGCGGCCAGGGCGCCCUCCAGCGACCCCACAGCCACAGACGCAAAUUCGAAUUUGAAUUCGAACGGGCAGAGCAGCGGCAGCCAGUCUGACUCAUCUAACGGCGCAGCCACGGCCGGCGGCGCCGGUGGUGCAAACAGUCAGACCCAAAGCAGCAACACCUACAGCACCACCAAUGCGAGCCCUGAUGCCAGCACCUACUCCAACAAUGGGUCAGGUCAGCAGCAAUCUGCUGGGGGCCCCACAGCCUCAGCCCCAGCCCCUACAGAGGCCAGCACGGAGGGGCAGAACAGCGGCUACUCAGUGACUACACCCGCACCAUCACAGGAGUCUGCCACGUCCUCAGACAGCGCCCAGUCAGCAGGGCCCAGCAGCCAGGGAGUGCAGCAGCAGCAAGGCACAAGCUCCUUUGUCACAGCAGCCUACAGCGCAGCCAGAAACUAUGCCAGUGCCCCCCAGGCGGCGGAUGCUGCCUACUCAGCAGCACAAGGGGCCCAGGCUCCCACUACUGUGGCUUCUUAUGGGCCGAGCCAGUCUUUGCUGCCUCAGAGCAGCUAUGUUGGCAGCACAAACACAGCUGCCAGCGUUGCAGGGGCGCAGGCGCCAAGCGUGGAAUCCUACGUGGUGUAUCCCACUCCUGUGGAUCAGUCUUACUUCAAUACUGGCACCCCUGUGGCCCAGGGACCCGCCGCCUACCCUGCCCAGGCAAGUAACUGCUCAGCGCCGUCUGUGCAGACACUGUCUGCUUCGGCAUACUCAGCGGCUGUGCCGAAUGUUCAGGCAUCCGGCCUCGCCAACAGGUCGACUGGGCGGCAGCUGCCCACCAGCGCAGAUGUGUUCAACCUUGGAGAGGGUAUUGCAUCACUCCUGGGCCGCAGGCUGCUGCAUCAGGGGUAGACUUCAAAGGGUGGAAGCUGACCCACAAGACCUCAAGACAAGCGGGGUGGUCUCCUUCUUUUUAUUGUUGUACUGCAGCGGCACUGGCUCUAGUGCGCAGCUAGCCAUGGAAUUGGACAUAGCAUCAAGCAAAUGUACAAAUAGGAAGGAGUGCACCCUUCUGGUGGGGCCAAGACAGGUGCUGGGUCAUAUAUUAAUCUGACAUAGAUAAAAUAGGUGUCAGGUGUAGAUGGUGGGGAGAGGCAGCAUUGCAAAUUAGGGUAGAAGGACCUCUGGGUGCAGAAUAUUUCAUGCAAACAAUUGAUGAAGGACACCCACUCACAAAACCACGAUGCGUCUGAGAUUGAUUCAUAUUGAUUAGGUGUACUUUUCUUGUAGUCCUAAACCGUUCUGUGACUGUGCUGACCUUGGUGCUCUACUUGUGUGUGAACCUACCGUGCCAUUAUCUGGCUGCCACUGCGCACUUGCAAUGCUCACUCGUUGAAGGGGGCAGGCUAUAUUACUUUUAUUCAAGUGUUGCGCAUGCCACUGUGUUAAGUGCAUCAUUGCGGUACCGGUGCGCGUGUGAACAUAGUUUGCAUGCAUGCAUGCGUGGGUGGAAAGCUGAAUCAGAGGUGUAAGAUUCGCCGUGCAUGCGGCGGGC